UCUGACUCCAAUUUUUUGUCUCCAGUGUGCAGCUUGAUCUUACAAACACCCGGGGAAUCGACGAUAAAACAUAUCACACGCAAUACUCUACUCCCCAAAUACGCGUAGCAAUGUUGGUUUCUACCACAGAAAGGGACAAGUGCCUUACCCCAACCCACACCAGCAACUCAGACGAAACGACUAGCUAUACGAGUAUAGGCAUGCAAGAACUGACAUCUGAUGCCAAAACCCUUCCGUUCAAAGACAUGACAUUCAUAAUCCGCGAACCCAGAACCAAACGUGUCAUCUGCCUCAAGGAAGGUUCACCGAUGAUGGUACACUUAGACAUAUUUCACUAUCAAUACAAUGUUGCGAGUCACUGGCAUUGUGUUGAGAACGAGAAGAUGUGGCUUGGAUUUUACAACGACGUUUCAGGCACGUAUCUCGGGCAUGACAGCAAGGGUCAAAUUAGAGCAACGGCGACAAAGCAUGAUGCGUGGGAGUGGUUUUGUCCACGACAGCAUCCAGAUGGCGGUCAUCUACUCUUGAUAAAGAACAAUGAUGGUUUCUCGCCGAUAAAGAUCGGGGAAAAGAGAAACAUGGAGUUGGUGGUCGAUAGUCAGAGACGGGAAGGGACCACGUGGGAGUUUAUUAGAAUUGACACUUGAUCUUAAUUUAUGGCCUGAUCAUGUGUUCGGCGAAGGAAUCCUGUAAGACUACAUUAAGGUGUAUGUUAAUGGCUUAGUCUGACAUAAUUGGGCUGUAUUCUGUGCCCAAAAGUUCUCUAGAUCAUCAUUUAUAUACAUUUACGAGUAUCAAAAGAAACUUAUAAACCCACUAUGCAGCUAUGCGCUCCAACAAUCUCUAU